CGAUGACGUCACAGCAUGACGCGUGCUUUAUACGCUUAGCUCGAUGAUUAGCCGGCUUCGCUACUCGUGCCGUCCGAUGAGAAAACUUGUCCAGCUCCUCUUCAUAAUCCUCCUACUCAGCUGUCUUUCGUCGCUCGUUUUCUUUCGCUACAGUGUGCGUGUUCGAAUCCUUGGGGACCGACACAAUCAGCGACAUCAACGAAAUGUAGCAAGGCGUCGCUCGUUAUUGCUACAACAUGUGGCUAGUAACUACAUGGAGGCAUUUGAGGAUACUCCGGAUGCGACGAAUAUGAGAGCACCGGGAAAGUCGAUUAGAGAGAAAGGCUGCUCUAUGCGCACUUGCUUUGAUUUCUCAUUGUGUGAGCGUGGAUUUAAAGUUUAUGUUUACCCACAACGACAGGGAGAGAAGACGUCGAUACUUUAUUCUAAAAUCUUGCGCGCAUUGAAAGAGAGCAAAUAUCACACUUUGGAUCCUAAAGAGGCGUGUCUGUUUGUAGUGAGUGUUGAUACUUUGGAUCGAGAUCGUCUCUCUCCUGAUUAUGUUCACGGCCUCGCAGCAAAGAUUAGAAGUCUGCCUCUGUGGAAUGGAGGUCGCAAUCAUCUUUUGUUCAAUGUGUAUUCGGGCACUUGGCCUGAGUAUUCGCAAGCUUUAGAUUUUAAUUUUGGAUCUGCCAUGUUGGCGAGAGCGUCUGUGUCUUCUGAUGUGAUGAGGCCUGAUUUUGAUGUGAGCAUUCCUCUUAUUCCAAAAUCACAUCCCGAGAAGGGAGGACGUGCAGGCAGUCUGAAUGAAAACGGUCGGAUGUUUCCUAUGAAGAAAUAUUUGUUGGCGUUCAAGGGAAAGAGAUACUUGACUGGAAUUGGAAGCGAGACAAGGAAUGCGUUGUCUUUAAUUCAUGACGGAGACAAGACAAUAAUGGUAACGACAUGUCGUCAUGGUAAAGGAUGGGAAAAACAUAAAGAUGAAAAAUGUGAUGAAGAUCAGAUCAAGUUUGACAGCUACGACUAUCGCGAUCUUCUUGAAAAGUCAACGUUCUGUCUUGUUCCUCGUGGACGUCGUCUUGGCUCGUUUCGUUUCUUGGAGACUCUGGAGGCAAACUGCAUCCCUAUCUCCCUCAGUAAUGGCUAUGCACUUCCGUUAGCUGAGAAAAUAGACUGGAAAAGAGCAAUCAUUGAAAUAGAUGAACGUCUUGUCCUACAGUUGCCUCAGAUCGUCCGAAGUAUUUCUCCUAGCAAAAUCCUUGCAAUGCGGCAGCAGCUGCAGUUUCUUUGGAAUGCAUAUUUCUCGUCUGUUGACAAAGUCGUGUCGUCAGUCCUUGAGACAAUUCAGGAUCGGGUUUUGCAACAUAAGUCACAUGACUACUACGCGUGGAAUCUCCCUCCUGGAGCUCUGAUUGCCGAUGCUCUUUAUUCACCAUGGUUAUCCACAAUGCCAUUUUACAGCAGAUUGGGACUUGGGUCUCCAGCAGCAGAGGAGUUUACUGCUGUCAUUGUGGCAUAUACUGCAGUUACGAAGGCAUCAUCCCCUCUUUUCAAUUUGAUUAGAGAAAUUGGGAAAUGUCGUGGAUUGGUGAAGGUUUUAGUUCUGUGGAUGUGUGAUACAAUGCCACCAAAACCAAUACAGUGGCCAAGUAUUCCUGUACCAACAGAUGUUGAGGUGCUGGAGGGGAAAGACAAGGUUGUCUCAAGUCGAUACAACGUUGCUCACAAGGUCAACACAGAUGCCAUUCUCAUGCUCGACGAAGACACGCUGCUCAUUCAAGAUGAAGUCGAAUUCGCUUUUUCAGUCUGGCUGAGCCAUUCUGACCGUAUCAUUGGCUUCCCAGCACGCAAUCAUUACUGGGACAGCAACAAGUCUCGCUGGAGUUACACGUCCAAAUGGUCAAAUGAGUAUUCAUUGAUUUUAACAGCUGCAGCCUUUAUUCAUCGCUUCUACUGCCAUCUGUACACCACACAUCUUCCAACUUCGAUUCGUAAUUUUGUUGACCAAACGUCAAAUUGUGAUGAUAUUGCAAUGAACUUCCUUGUCUCUCACGUGACGAGGAAACCGCCAGUCAAAGUAACCCAGAAAAAGCAGUACUGGGACUCGGUCAGUCAAGAGUCAAGCCAACGAAUGGUUCAGUGGAUGAAUCCUCAACAUUUUGCACAACGUCAAACAUGCAUGAACAUGUUUGCUAAUGUGUUUGGCUACAUGCCACUUAUUCAGUCACAGUUUCGUUACGAUCCUGUGCUGUUUAAGGACCCUGUUGCAAUGCUAAAGAAGAAAUACAGAAGACUGGAUCUUCUCUAGUUGUGUAUGGAAGAUGUUGUACAGUACAGAGUAAUAAUGUUAAUUUGAAAUUGAGUGAACUGGAUUUUAUUUCCGUCAGUAAAUAUCUUGUGAUAUCUUAUGUAUUCAGAGAUACGAUAAGUAAAAUACAUAGAAAUGUACACUACA